GGUACUGCUUCUCUCACAGCCCACGGCACAGUGCUUUAUCUUGCUGCAAGAUAUUUGGAUUUGCUCGUUCGUGCAUGCAAUCAGCUGCACUCUCGUGGUUUUGCGGAAAUUUGUGUGUGACAUUCUCCAGACUGUAGAACUGAAGCGAUGGACCAGGAGCCAACUAUGUGGAUUAAAAAAGAGGAAACAGAUGAAGUACAAACUGAGUUAUGCUUCAUGUUUCUAGUAGACCCAUUAAAGACGGAAGGCCCUAGUGUUGGGGUAAAGCAAGAUUCCGAACUGAAACUACGUACUGAUGGAUCUGAGCAUAAUUCUGUUAAAAAUCCAUUGGGAAUAUCACGGUCCACUGAUUUUAUCAAGGAGGAUCCUGAAUUAUAUUUGGAAAUGAAUGAAACUGAGAAUAUUUUUCUUGAAGAUCCAUUACGGACUGACAACACUCCUGUUGGGGUAAAGCAGGAUCCUGAACUGCAACAAGAUGCUGAUCUAUCUGAGCAUAAUUCUGCUAAAAAUCCAUUGGGAAUAUCACGGUCCACUGAUUUUAUCAAGGAGGAUCCUGAAUUAAAUUUGGAAAUGAAUGAAACUGAGACUAUUGUGGAAACCUCAACAAGAUACGCAUCUGAUAGUGCAAGAUUGUCUCAGACUACUGGUGGGAGCUGUGGCAUAUCAUGUGAAGAAACGUGUCACCGUGGACUGGUCCAGGAUGAGUUGGUGGCAGACAUGGAGAAGUCAACACACAAGUUUGGUACCUAUACAGAAGAUGUGACUGUUAAUAAGGAAUGCUCAGUUGCCACCCAAUAUGACUGUAGUAUGAGGGAAAAGGAAUUACAUGUAUAUAGCUGUAAUUUCUGCCAACAGAGCUUUCCUUCAAAAUACAGAUUCAUAAAGCAUGUGUUCAUGCACAUUGAUGGCAUGCAACCACCUUUGUAUGUUUGUAAGUGGUGUGGUGAGGUAUUUAACAGUAAUGUUAGUUUGAAAAAACAUUUGAGAAUGAGUGAGAAUUAUCAUGUCUUAACUGUUGCCAACCACGAAAGAUACGACUAUACUGAUGAACAUCAAAGCAGUAUCUUCUUGAAUAGUGAGCCACAAGUUUUUGUCACAGAACUCAAUGAGCUGAAUCCAUACAAGGAAACUGGGAAAGCUGCAAACAAGUCCUCUAAUGACGUGUGUAACAUACACAUGACAAAUGAUGCCGAGAAAACAAAUGAUUAUGGAACUUUAUCUACAACUGUUAAUGUCAGUGCCCAGGUUGAUCUACUUACUGCAAAAAGAACUGACAAACGUGGUAUUUGUGGCAAAUUGAUUACUGUGUCAGGUGAUCUGAAGAGAAAAUCAUUCCUGCACACUGUGAAAAGACCUCACAAAUGUGAGAUUUGUGGGAAAUCUUUUUCUAGAUCAGGCGAUCUCAACAUACACACAUUAAAUCACACUGGAAAGAAACCCCACGAAUGUGAUAUUUGUGGGAAAUCUUUUGCUAUGGCGUGGAACCUCAAGACCCAUUCACUAAUUCACACUGGAAAGAAACCUCACAAAUGUGAGCUUUGUGGGAAGUCUUUUGCUUUAUCAGGCUAUCUCAAGAAACAUGAAGUAAUUCACAAUGGAAAGAAACCUCACAAGUGUACGAUAUGUGGGAAUUAUUUUGCUGCGUCAAGCCAUCUCAAGAGACACGCAUUAAUUCACACUGAUAAACCUCACAAAUGUGAGAUUUGCGGGAAAUCGUUUGCCCAGCCAGGCACUCACAAGAGACACUCAAUAAUUCACACUGGAAGGAAACCAUACAAAUGUGAGAUUUGUGGGAAAUCUUUUGCUUUGUCAGGCAUUCUCAAGACACAUGUAUUAAUUCACACUGGAAAGAAACCUCACCAAUGUGAUAUUUGUGGGAAAUCAUUUUAUAGGGCAGGCGAUCUCAAGACACAUUCAUUAAUUCACACUGGAAAGAAACCCCACAGAUGCCAUAUUUGUGGGAAUUCUUUUGCUACGUCAAGCCAUCUCAACAGACACACAUUAAUUCACACUGGAAAGAAACAUCACAAAUGUGAUAUCUGUGGCAAAUCGUUUGCCCAGUCAUGCAAUCUCAAGACACAUGUAUUAAUUCACACUGGAAAGAAACCAUACAAAUGUGAGAUUUGUGGGAAAUCGUUUGCCCAUUCAUGCAAUCUCAAGACACACGUAUUAAUUCACACUGGAAAGAAACCUCACAAGUGUAUGAUAUGUGGGAAUUCUUUUGCUGCGUCAAGCCAUCUCAAGAGACAUACAUUAAUUCACACUGGAAAGAAACAUCACAAAUGUGAGAUCUGUGGGAAAUCGUUUGCCCAGUCAUGCAAUCUCAAGACACAUUUAUUAAUUCACACUGGAAAGAAACCAUACAAAUGUGAGAUUUGUGGGAAAUCGUUCGCCCAUUCAUGCAAUCUCAAGACACACGAAUUAAUUCACACUGGAAAGAAACCACACAAAUGUGAGAUUUGUGGGAAAUCAUAUGCCUUGUCAGGCAAUCUCAACAGACACACAUUAAUUCACACUGACGUGAAACCUCACAAGUGUGAUAUUUGUGGCAAAUCAUUUGCUAGAUCAGGUGACCUCAAGAAACAUGCAUUAGAACACAUUGGAAGGGGACCUCACAAAUGUGAUAUUUGUGACAAAAGCUUCACUCAAUUGGGUACUCUCAAGACACAUGCAUUACUUCACAUCAGAAAGAAACUGCAAGGAAGUGUUUUGGGUUUUUGCAAAUAGAUUUUUCUUGUAUGUCCCCUUAAGGCCUAUAAAAUAAUGGAUGUAGCAGGGGGACAAUAAAUUGUAAUGCCUGUGAAAUAACAUUAAAAUGUGAUAGGAUUGUGAAAAAAGUGCAACAAUGUGUGCUAUAGAGUGGUAAGAGAUAAUGUGACAAUAUAAAAAUCCAUAGCUGCAGCUUGAUAUGGCAGGAAAUUGUAUUACUAAAUACUCCAGAAACAUGAAUCAAAUGUGUUUUUGUCAUUAACAGUGCUGCAUUUUCCUAUCGAUCCUGAGACAAGAAGAUCGUGAAUUGUGAUAAAUUCUUACCUUUGCCAGUAAUCAUAAGUACCAUGCAAUAUUCAGUAUAAGGCCAAGAAAAUGUGAUGACUUGCUUGCUUAUUAUUCCUAACAUUGGCAUUAUGUAGUACUUGUAACUCUGCAUUUUAGAAUCAGUGACAGCAAAAAUAUAUUCAUGGCACUUCCUUCACUCAGGCUAGUAAACUCAUUACUGGAGAAACACGAUUAUGGCAAUUAUUUUACUCAGGUACGUUUUCUCAAGAGAUCUGCUGUUUGUCAUUAAUAGUGUGUACAUUAAUGUUCUGUUAGUACUAAUCCUGCAUUAGUAAAAAUAACAAAUGUAACAACCUGAUUAAUAGCCUGUUUGUCCACCUGUGGAACACAACAUAAUGACAAUUCUAAAUGAUAUGGACUUGAUACAUCGCUUACAUGUAUUUGCACCAGUUGUAUUCCACACGUUCAGAUCAGUUAAAUGGUGUGUUUGAGACAUCAAUGUUAGUUACCAUGAUAUUUAGACCACUGUGGAGUCGUUCUGCACAUGUGAAAUUAACAGUUCCUCUGCUGAAAGAUGCCUUUACCAUUGGAGAGCACAUCAGGCAUGAAGGAAUCUAUGCAGUGGCAAUAAAGAUCAUAUAGUCUGCAACUGUCAUGCCACCUUCGAUUAUUACCAGAUGUCCCUGAGGAGCCCAACUGACUGUGCCAUAGCAUAAUGGACACUCCAUCUGGUGCCACUCACUCAGAUGAUACCAUAUCUGGACUUUUCAACCGACCUGGUAUAACACGAAAUGUCACCCAUCCAGGCAGUUGACAUUAGCAUUGAUCUUCAUUCCAGCAUCAACGAUCCCUUGCCCAACGCAGUUGCAACUGAACAUUUUGGUGGAUUGGUAUGGAAACAUACAGUGACCAUAUGUUGCGGAACCUCACAUUCAACAAUGUACAUUGAAUUGUGUGUUGAAAAACGUGUGGCUGCUCCAGCACUGUUUUAGGUCAUUAGAUAUGGCAUAUAUUGCCACAUGUCCAGCUGUACAGAGCAGGCAAGCUUCUGAACUCCAAGAUUUGUGAUGAAGUAUAGAUGUAUUACAUCUUUUCAUAAGGUUAUCUAUUUAUCACCUUUCUGCCAGUUUCCACAGAUGUUCACAACAGUAGCAUAGAUCCAGCCAACUAGCCUCACCACUUUUGAGGCGCUAGUUCCCAACUGCAAUGCUACUGUAACUUGUCCUUUGCUAAUUGGUGGAACAAUUCCUUGUUAAUCUCUGGUCUGCUUAUAUACUUAUAAGGUGCUUACUGAAUUAUGUGCGUACAACAUAUGGCAUUCAGUCUCCUGAUGGGCAGUGUUCAUGACAUUUUUGCUCAUCAGUGCAUCUUCACAUGAUUGGUCAGAUGCAAAAAUGUGUAAUGUAACAAAUUCAUUGUGCUUGUUUGCCAUUUAACCAGUGAAUGACAGCUACAUUUCUUGUGAAAUUUUCUUGUUUCACAAAUUUUUGUACAUAAUUAAGAGAUAAUGUAGAUAAGUGUUAUGCACCAAAGCUCUUAAGUAUUUGUUCAGCUUUUAAUACUGUUUAAAUUCUACACGAAAUGAAAUAGGUAAACAAACAUUAGGUGUUCUGAUUAGGUUCCAGUUAUUUGUAUACACAAGAACAACAGUUGGGAGAGCUUAGAACGUGAGUAGUAAAUAUUUCUUGUGUUAUAUUCAAAGAUGUUUUCAUUGUGGAUAUAUUUUGUAAUUUGUGUAAAUA